AGACGGCGGCGAGGGGGCGGGAAGGGCGGACCGGAAAGAGAGAGGGGAGGAAAGGAGAGGAACGGGACGGGAUAGAACAGCGGGACCGGGCCGGGAGCACGGCGACGUGAGCGGGACCGGACGGGACGGGCUGAGCGGGGCUGCGAGGAGCGGCCUGAGGUGGAGGAGCACAGGCCGUGAGGUGACCGCCCAGCGCUGACGUUUCGGGAUGGCCGGUGCCUUUACUGCAGAGCUGGAUUCCCUUGGGAAGAGCAGGGAAAUCUGAGGCUCCUGCCCAUUGAACGGAAGCGUUCUGUUCCCUGUGACCUCCGUGUCCUCUGGCAGCACAAAGCACGUUAUUCUUCUCACGGGAAUGCAAACGAAGAGUAGGAACUUUGUGAGAGCUGAUUGUGCAGCGUUUCUAUGAAGGAGGUGCACACAGUGCUGUGGAGGUGCUGCACAUGCUGGAUCUGCCUGGCUGCCUGAUGUGUCCCGGGAUGGCAGCUAGGUGACACUGGUUGAGGAUGACCCUGACUGAAAAGCUGCGUGAGAGGAUUUCACGGGCCUUCUACAACCACGGGUUGCUGUGUGCUUCCUACCCCAUCCCCAUCAUCCUCUUCACUGGCCUCUGCAUUUUGGCCUGCUGCUACCCGCUGCUCAAGCUGCCCUUACCUGGAACGGGACCUGUGGAGUUCAGCACCCCAGUGAAGGAUUACUUUCCACCCUCCCCAGAUGUGGUCUCACAGCAGGGAGAUCUCAGCGAGCGCCCUGACUGGUACAUUGGUGCUCCUGUGGCCUACAUCCAGCAGAUCUUUGUCAAAGCCACCGUCUCCCCAUGGCAGAAGAACUUCCUUGCUGUCGAUGUCUUUCGUUCGCCGCUGUCCCGCGUCUUCCAGCUGGUGGAAGAGAUUCGGAACCAUGCCCUGAGAGACAGCUCUGGUGUCAAAAGCCUGGAGGAGGUUUGCCUUCAGGUAACAGACCUUCUUCCUGGCCUCAAGAAGCUGCGCAAUCUGCUCCCCGAACACGGCUGUCUGUUGCUGUCUCCAGGGAACUUCUGGCAGAAUGAUCGAGAGCGAUUCAAUGCUGACCCAGAUAUCAUCAAAACCAUCCACCAGCAUGAACCAAAGACUCUGCAGACGUCAGCUACUCUCAAAGAUCUGUUGUUUGGACUCCCUGGGAAAUACAGUGGGGUGAACCUGUACAACAGGAAGCGAGUGGUGUCUUACACUGUCACACUGGGUCUCCAGCGAUAUGACUCCAGGUUCCUCAGCAGCCUCCGUUCUCGCCUCAAGAUGCUGCAUCCCAGUCCGAACUGCACGCUGCGGGAGGACAGCAUCGUUCACGUGCACUUCAAGGAGGAGAUUGGCAUUGCUGAGCUCAUACCCCUCGUCACCACCUACAUUAUACUCUUCGCUUACAUCUACUUCUCCACACGGAAGAUUGACAUGGUGAAAUCAAAAUGGGGCCUGGCUCUGGCAGCUGUUGUGACAGUGCUCAGCUCUUUGCUUAUGUCAGUUGGGCUGUGCACGCUGUUUGGUUUGACACCUACUCUUAACGGAGGAGAGAUAUUUCCAUACUUGGUUGUUGUCAUUGGCUUGGAGAAUGUGUUGGUCCUCACCAAGUCUGUUGUCUCUACGCCUGUUGACCUGGAAGUGAAGCUCCGCAUCGCCCAAGGUUUGAGCAAUGAGAGCUGGUCAAUUAUGAAGAAUAUGGCCACAGAGCUUGGGAUCAUCCUGAUCGGGUAUUUCACCCUUGUUCCAGCCAUCCAGGAGUUCUGCCUCUUUGCUGUGGUUGGCCUGGUGUCCGACUUCUUUCUGCAGAUGCUCUUUUUCACCACGGUGCUGUCCAUUGACAUUCGCCGGAUGGAGCUCGCCGACCUGAACAAGCGUUUGCCAGCAGAAGCCUGUCUGCCCCCAGCAAAGCCUGCCAGCCGCUCGCAGCGCUACGAGAGGCAGCCAGCCAUACGGCCUGCAACCCCACACACCAUCACGCUGCAGCCAUCCUCCUUCCGGAACCUGCGCCUGCCAAAGAGGCUGAGGGUCAUCUACUUCUUUGCCAGGACACGCCUGGCCCAGAGACUCAUCAUGGCUGGGACAGUGAUCUGGAUUGGAAUUCUGGUUUAUACGGAUCCUGCCGGUCUCCGCACCUACCUCACAUCGCAGGUCACCGAGCAGAGCCCUCUGGGUGAAGCAGGCCUGCCCCCCAUGCCCGUUCCUGGAGGGGUCCUUCCUGCUGGAGACCCCAAGAUCGACCUGUCGGUUUUCCCAUCGGACCCCAUUCAGCUGUCAGAGAACCAGACCCAGCAGCGCGAGCAGCAGGCGGGGUUGGAGACCCUGGGCAGGUUGGACACAAACCAGCACACGUGGGCCCAAGGACCAGAGGGCAGAGGGAACGGGCAAACGGAGCUGGGAACCGAAGCACAGGUCACCUGGGGAGUGGAGGAUGAGGAGAUUUGGAGGAAGCUUUCCUUCAGGCACUGGCCGUCGCUUUUCAGCUAUUACAACAUCACUCUGGCCAAGAGGUACAUCAGCAUCCUCCCAGCGAUCCCAGUCACGCUGUACCUGAACCCACAGGAGGCCUUGGAAGUGCGGCACCCCCAGGAGGCCAACCGCUACCACCCCUUCUUGUCCUCCAGUGCUGGGAAGUUGAAUGCUGAAGCUCAGCCUGACCAGACAUCAUCCAGGCUGCAGGGGCACCGGGAUGUCACCCUUUACAAGGUGGCUGCACUGGGCCUGGCCUCGGGCAUUCUGCUGGUCCUGCUGCUCUUCUGCCUCUACCGGCUGUUGUGCCCCAAGAACUACGGGCAGAACGGGCUCUCCCACAGCAGGAGGAGGAGGGGGGACCUGCCCUGUGAUGACUAUGGUUACUCCCCACCCGAAACUGAGAUCGUCCCCCUGGUUCUCAGGGGUCACCUCAUGGACAUUGAAUGUCUGGCCAGCGAUGGGAUGCUGCUCGUCAGCUGCUGCCUGGUGGGGCAGAUCCGCGUGUGGGAUGCUCAGACCGGAGACUGCCUGACUGUCAUCCCCAAGCCCAGGUUACGAAGAGACAGCAGCGGCAUUUUUGACUACCAGGAAAGCUGGGAUCACAGCCCGGAUGGCAGAAACGGUCUGGAUGACUCUUUUGAGAGCAGCCAUCAGCUGAAGAGGAUGCUGAGCCCCCCCCAGCCCCCCCUGUUCUGCGACCAACCAGACCUCACGUCCCUCAUCGACACCAACUUCUCGGAGCAGGUGAAGGUGGCCGAGUCGGAGCCGCGGCACCGUGCUGUGGGCGGCCGCCAGAAGGAGACUGGCUACGACUUCAGCAGCCUGGUUGGGAAGGUGUAUGAAGAGCACAGCACCUCCAACUGCAUCAACUUCAGCGGCCUCUCAGCCCCACACAGCCAGGCUGGGUUCUGUGUUGGGGGCAGCACCGCCCGCUCCAUGGGCUGCAGUGAGGAGGGCGGCUGCGGCGGCCGCAGGAGGAGCCUGGGGGAUGAGUCCCUGUCGGGGUUUGACAAGUCGUCGCCUCUUCCCUCAUGGGGAGGAGACUUGGAGAGCUCAGUCUGGAGCCUGGAUCUGCAGGGGAACCUCAUUGUGGCUGGCCGCAGUAACGGCAAGCUGGAGGUGUGGGAUGCUAUCGAGGGCACCCUGCGCAGCAGUAACGACGAAAGUCAGUCUGGCAUCACAGCCCUCGUGUUCCUGAACAACAGGAUCGUUGCUGCCCGGCUGAAUGGCUCCUUGGAUUUCUUCUCCUUGGAAACACACACGUCCUUGAACCACCUGCAGUUCCGAGGAGCCCCCAGCAGGAGCAGCAUCCCAUCCUCCCCGGUGUUCAGCAGCAGCGACGUCAUCGUGUGCCAGCUCACCCACACCGUGUCCUGCGCCCACCAGAAGCCCAUCACAGCCCUGAAGGCUGCGGCAGGACGGCUGGUCACGGGCAGCCAGGACCACACUCUGAGGGUGUUCCGCCUGGAGGACUCGUGCUGCCUGUUCACACUGCAGGGCCACUCAGGAGCCAUCACUGCUGUGUACAUGGAUCAGACGAUGGUGCUGGCGAGUGGAGGGCAGGACGGGGCCAUCUGCCUGUGGGACGUGCUGACGGGCAGCAAGGUGAGCCACAUGUACGCACACCGCGGGGACGUCACCUCCCUCACCUGCACCACGUCCUGCGUCAUCAGCAGUGGCCUGGACGACGUGAUCAGCAUCUGGGACCGCAGCUCAGGGAUCAAACUGUACUCCAUCCAGCAGGAAAUGGGCUGCGGCUCCAGCCUGGGCGUCAUCUCGGACAACCUGCUGGUGACGGGCGGGCAGGGCUGCGUGUCCUUCUGGGACAUCGGCUACGGGGACCUGCUGCAGACCGUCUACCUGGGCAAGAGCAACGAGUCGCAGCCCGCGCGGCAGAUCCUGGUGCUGGAGAACGCCGCCAUCGUCUGCAACUUCGGCAGCGAGCUCAGCCUGGUCUACGUGCCCUCGGUGCUGGAGAAGCUGGACUGAGGACGGACGGCAGCUGCGGGCCAGGCAGCAGCGCUGGGCAGCUGGAUGCGGCGAUGGGACCGACCCGCACCCGCAGCUCCGACUCUGCUCGUGUGAACUGCGCCGUGUUGCCCCACUGCCUCCGUGUCUUGCGCUGCGUGGGGUGCUCCGAGGUUGGUGUGUUCCAUGCGGUCCCAGUGCGGGAUGGAGCUGCAGGGCUGCGGCAGGAGAUGGGGCUGGGGGGAACAGAAUGAAGGCAGCGGGUCAGAGCGUGGAGCUGCAGCUCAGGGGCACGUUGCUGCAGCAUUGCAGCAUUGCCUGCAGGUGGAGGCUGAAGGCAGGACGGCCCCGUGCUCGGUGUGGCCCCACGUGCCUUAGGGCGCCGGCCGGGCACGGGCUGUGCCGGCUGCGUUGCAGCAGUUCCUGCCCUAUUUAUUUAUAUGCUGUAUAUAGUUAUUUAUUCUGGCAGGAGGGGGCGGGAGCUGCCGGGCCCCGUUUGCAGCAGUAGCACCUUCCUGCUCCUGGCGCUGGGGGUGCCCAGGACACACGUUGUGGGUCCAUCCCCGGCAGUUUCUGAUGCUCUUUCUGCUCAAUUGACGCCAUGUCUGUCCUUCCGUCCCCGCUGAUUGUCGGGCAGCGCUGCGGGGUCCGGGAGCAGCCGUGGGGGUGUGAGGACAGCCCGGCCCCAGCGCCCGCCCCGCGUGGCCUUAACGCCGCUGUUGCUUUGUGCUGCGGCGGCAGCAGUUUUGUACCGGAUCGUGUUUUCUAUCUGUACAAAAACCUCCAUUAAACCGGACUAACCCCA